CGCCGCGCUGAGGUCACGUGGCUCUUUCCUUUCCGUCGCUGGCCGGCUGGGCGCGGGUGACUGCUGGCGAAGCGCGUGGAACCUCGCGCUGGUUCCCCUUCGUCCAUUCUCCCGGCUCGGGCCAGUAGGGAGUUAGCUGACGCUGGGUGAACUGAGCCUGCUGCCAAGAUGCCGGCCUACUUCCAGAGGCCGGAAAAUGCCCUCAAACGCGCCAACGAGUUUCUUGAGGUUGGCAAAAAGCAGCCUGCCCUAGAUGUUCUUUAUGAUGUUAUGAAAAGUAAGAAACAUAGAACAUGGCAGAAGAUACAUGAGCCAAUUAUGUUGAAAUACUUGGAGCUUUGUGUGGAUCUUCGUAAGAGCCACCUGGCUAAGGAAGGAUUAUACCAGUAUAAGAACAUUUGUCAACAGGUGAAUAUUAAAUCUUUAGAGGAUGUCGUUAGGUCAUAUUUGAAACUGGCAGAAGAAAAAACUGAAGCUGCCAAAGAAGAAUCCCAACAGAUGGUAUUAGAUAUAGAAGAUCUGGAUAAUAUUCAAACUCCUGAGAGUGUUCUCCUAAGUGCUGUAAGUGGGGAAGACACACAGGAUCGUACUGAUAGGUUACUUUUAACUCCCUGGGUUAAGUUCCUGUGGGAGUCAUACAGACAGUGUUUGGACCUUCUUCGAAACAAUUCUCGAGUAGAACGCCUCUACCAUGAUAUUGCCCAGCAAGCUUUUAAAUUCUGCCUCCAAUAUACCCGUAAGGCUGAGUUCCGUAAACUGUGUGACAAUUUGAGAAUGCACUUGUCCCAAAUUCAGCGCCAUCAUAACCAAAGCACAGCAAUCAAUCUCAAUAAUCCAGAGAGCCAAUCCAUGCAUUUGGAAACGAGACUUGUUCAGUUGGAUAGUGCCAUCAGCAUGGAACUUUGGCAGGAAGCAUUCAAAGCUGUAGAAGAUAUUCAUGGCCUAUUUUCCUUGUCUAAAAAACCACCUAAGCCUCAAUUGAUGGCAAAUUACUAUAACAAAGUCUCAACUGUAUUUUGGAAAUCUGGAAAUGCUCUUUUUCAUGCAUCUACACUACAUCGUCUUUACCAUCUGUCUAGAGAAAUGAGAAAAAAUCUCACCCAAGAUGAAAUGCAAAGAAUGUCUACGAGAGUCCUUUUGGCUACUCUGUCCAUCCCUAUUACUCCUGAACGAACAGAUAUUGCUCGACUUCUGGAUAUGGAUGGCAUUAUAGUUGAAAAACAACGUCGUCUUGCAACACUGCUGGGUCUUCAAGCCCCACCAACGCGAAUUGGCCUUAUUAAUGAUAUGGUCAGAUUUAAUGUGCUACAGUAUGUUGUUCCAGAGGUGAAAGACCUUUAUAACUGGUUGGAGGUAGAAUUUAACCCACUAAAACUCUGUGAGAGAGUCACAAAGGUUCUAAAUUGGGUUAGAGAACAACCUGAAAAGGAGCCAGAGUUACAGCAGUAUGUGCCACAACUGCAGAACAACACCAUACUUCGCCUCUUGCAGCAGGUGGCACAGAUUUAUCAGAGCAUUGAAUUUUCUCGUUUGACUUCUCUGGUUCCUUUUGUUGACGCUUUCCAACUGGAACGGGCCAUAGUAGAUGCAGCUAGGCACUGUGACCUGCAGGUUCGUAUUGACCACACUUCUCGAACCUUGAGUUUUGGAUCUGAUUUGAAUUAUGCUACUCGAGAAGAUGCCCCAAUUGGUCCUCACCUUCAGAGCAUGCCUUCAGAGCAGAUAAGAAAUCAGCUUACAGCCAUGUCGUCAGUACUUGCAAAAGCACUUGAAGUUAUCAAGCCCUCUCACAUAUUGCAAGAGAAAGAAGAACAGCAUCAGUUGGCAGUUACCGCGUAUCUUAAAAAUUCGCGAAAAGAGCACCAGCGUAUCCUGGCUCGCCGUCAGACAAUUGAGGAAAGGAAAGAACGGCUUGAAAGCCUAAAUAUUCAACGUGAGAAAGAAGAAUUGGAGCAGAGGGAAGCUGAGCUCCAGAAAGUACGGAAGGCUGAAGAAGAGAGGCUGCGCCAGGAGGCAAAGGAGCGAGAAAAAGAGAGGAUCUUACAGGAACAUGAACAAAUCAAAAAGAAAACUGUUCGUGAGCGUUUGGAGCAGAUUAAAAAAACAGAGCUGGGUGCAAAAGCAUUCAAAGAUAUUGACAUCGAGGACCUUGAAGAAUUGGAUCCAGAUUUCAUCAUGGCUAAACAAGUUGAACAGCUGGAAAAAGAAAAGAAAGAACUUCAAGAACGCUUAAAGAAUCAAGAAAAGAAGAUUGACUAUUUUGAAAGAGCUAAACGUUUAGAAGAGAUUCCUUUGAUAAAGAGUGCUUACGAGGAACAAAGGAUUAAGGAUAUGGAUUUGUGGGAACAACAAGAAGAAGAAAGAAUUACCACUAUGCAGCUAGAACGGGAAAAGGCUCUUGAACAUAAAAAUAGAAUGUCACGAAUGCUUGAAGACAGAGAUUUAUUUGUGAUGCGACUCAAAGCUGCCCGGCAGUCUGUAUAUGAGGAAAAACUUAAACAGUUUGAAGAGCGAUUAUCAGAAGAAAGGCAUAAUCGCUUGGAGGAACGCAAGAGGCAACGUAAAGAAGAACGCAGAGUAACUUACUAUAGAGAAAAAGAAGAGGAAGAGCAGAGGAGGGCAGAAGAACAAAUGAUAAAAGAGCGAGAAGAGAGAGAACGUGCUGAACGAGCAAAACGUGAGGAAGAGCUUCGAGAAUAUCAGGAGCGGGUCAAGAAACUAGAAGAAGUGGAAAGGAAAAAACGCCAAAGGGAGUUGGAAAUUGAAGAACGAGAGCGUCGUAGAGAGGAAGAGAGAAGACUUGGCGAUGAUUCACUUUCUAGGAAGGACUCUCGUUGGGGAGAUAGAGACUCAGAAGGCACGUGGAGAAAGGGACCUGAAGCUGACUCUGAGUGGAGGAGAGGCCCACCCGAGAAGGAGUGGAGACGUGGAGAAGGACGAGAUGAUGAGAGGCUUCAUAGAAGAGAUGAAGAUCGCCCACGGCGCUUGGGAGAUGAUGAUGAGAGAGAGCAUUCUCAUAGACCAGAUGAUGAUCGGGUACCCAGGCGCGGCAUGGAUGAUGAUAGAGGACCCAGACGUGGUCCUGAUGAAGAUCGCUUUUCUCGUCGUGGAACAGAUGAUGACCGACCUUCUUGGCGUAACGCAGAUGAUGACAGGCCUCCCAGGCGAAUUGGCGAUGACGACAGGCCUGCCAGGCGAAUUGGUGAUGACGACAGGCCUCCCAGGAGAAUUGGCGAUGACGAUAGGGGAAGCUGGCGUCACGCAGAUGACGACAGACCACUUAGACGAGGACUGGAUGAUGACAGAGGAAGCUGGCGAACAGCUGAUGAGGACAGAGGACCAAGACGUGGGAUGGAUGAGGACCGGGUGCUGAGGAGGGGAGGUGCUGAUGAUGAACGAUCAUCCUGGCGGAAUGCUGAUGAUGACCGGGGUCCUAGACGGGGCCUGGAUGAUGACCGGGGUCCCAGGCGAGGGUUGGAUGAUGACCGAGGACCUUGGAGGAAUGUUGAUGAUGAUAGGAUCUCCAGGCGAGGUACAGAUGAUGACAGGGGGUCUUGGAGAAAUAUGGAUGAUGAUCGGAUUUCCCGACCUGGUCCAUGGAGACCAUAUGUUAAGCCAGGUGGAUGGAGAGAGAAAGAAAAAGCCAGAGAAGAGAGCUGGGGUCCACCUCGAGAAACAAGGCCAUCAGAAGAACGUGACUGGGAUAGGGAUAAAGAAAGGGACAGAGACGGUCAGGAUCGUGAGGAGAAUGACAAGGACCCUGAACGGGAAAGGGAUAGAGAAAGAGAUGCAGAUCGUGAGGAUCGUUUCAGGAGACCCAGGGAUGAAGGUGGCUGGAGAAGAGGACCAGCUGAAGAAUCUUCGAGCUGGAGAGAUUCGAGUCGCCGAGAUGAUAGAGAUCGGGAUGACCGUCGUCGGGAGAGAGAUGAUCGGCGUGAUCUAAGAGAUCGACGAGACCCAAGAGAUGACAGAGACCGGAGAGGGCCACCACUCAGAUCUGAACGUGAUGAAGUAAGCUCUUGGAGACGUGCUGAUGACAGGAAAGAUGACCGGGCAGAAGAGCGGGAUCCCCCUCGGCGUGUUCCUCCCCCAGCUCUGUCAAGAGACCGGGAAAGAGAAAGAGACCGAGACCGAGACCGAGAUCGAGAUCGAGACCGGGAAAGAGACAGAGAAAGAGAAAGAGACCGGGACCGGGAGCGAGACCGAGACCGGGAGCGAGACCGAGACCGGGAGCGAGACCGGGACCGGGACCGGGACCGGGACCGGGAAAGGGAAAGGGAAAGAGACCGAGACCGAGAAAGAGACCGAGAAAGGGAAGGUGAAAAAGAGAAGCCCUCAUGGAGAGCUGAUAAAGAUCGAGAGUCCCUUCGUCGCACUAAGAAUGAGACUGAUGAAGAUGGAUGGACCACGGUACGACGUUAAAAGUCCCAAGAUAACAGAUUUAAAUUCUUAUAUAGGUUUGAUCACAUUCAAGGAUUAUUAUACUUGUGCUGCAAUCUAAAUUGGAUUCUUUAAUGUUUCACCAUAACACAAAAAGCAUGAACUUAUAUUAAUCCUAUAUAAUAGAUUGAUCAUGCACCCUAUCCAUAGAGGGGUGGGAAACCAUGCCAUUUUCUGGAAUCUAAGGUGUUGCAUUAUUUCAUCAAUCAUUUGUUUACAAAAAAAAAAAAAAAAAAAAAAAAAAGAAAGGAAAAAAGAAAAAUAAAUUUACAAUGUGAACCUAUCAGGUACCGAGUAAUACCUGUAUCUUGGUAUAGAACAGAGCUUUUUUUUCUUCCAAUUUUGAAAUAUUUGAUAUUAAUUUGGAAUGAGGUAAGGUUUUAUUAAAGAAAUGUGUUUGAAGACUCUAAACCAGUGGAUCUGAUACAGUUUUCACACCAUUAGCAAUUGAAACAUAAACUUCUUUAGGUCUUUUGAGGUUAUUUACUAUUAACUAAAUUUAGAAAGUUUUUAGGUUCACUAUAAGUACAGUAAACAUUGGAGUCAGUGGGAUUUUCUGUAGAUUUUACUUGAGGUGAGUAUAAAGCAGUUUGCAGUCUUUAUUGUAAUGGCAGUACUGCUGAAGUGCAAACCCUGAAACUACAGCUUUUACAUUUGAAACAAUUGGUAAACUAUUGCUGAGUUGUUUUUUUCUGUUGCCAAUAGGAAACUGCUUUCCAUUAAUGGAGAAUUCAUGCCUUUCAAGCAUUUUAAAUGACAAUAUUUAUAAAUGUGGCUUGGAGAAAUUGUUUAAAUUCGUUUUCCUAAUUUUCUUUCUUUUCAGGAUAGAGUCAACAAGUAAUUUGUAGUAAUGACUGUGUUGACUUCAAUUUUGGAGUGUAAUAGUUAUGUUAAAGAAUAACUAUUUGGUCGUAUUGAAGCCAACACAGAACUUGCUGUUUUCUUUCUUCAUUGAAAAAUAAAAUACUCACAGAACUUUA